AUAUAUCAUAGAAAAUAGCAUAUAUUUGUUAUUUUCUUUUGCAUAAUCAGAAUUCACAAACGGUUUCCGAUCGAUUGCAUAUUUUACAGUUAUUUUCUUUUAGCGUAGCAUGCUUAACAUGGGACGGUGGUUUUCUUAGUCUAUGUUUUUUUCGUUUUCGCUUUUUCUAUGCAUUACACGCUUAUUUAUUUAUCUAUGGCUAGAUCAUAGAUAAGGAACACAUGCACACAUACACAUUGCAUAUUUGUAUUUUGUACAGUUCAUCAACCUUUGGCAAAUGUAAAUAAAACAUGUAAUUUUAAUUGUUUAGUGUUUAAGUUUAUUUUUACGUUUUUACCUACAAAAAAGGUAAAAUGUCGCUAAAAAGUAUAGCUGAUCAGUAUUUUGGAAGUAUCAAUACGAUGGCUUCGAGAUUAUACACCGAUAUGAACGAAACGAAAGUUGCGUACGAUAAAUUGUGGUUAAGUUUAUCAGAGAAAGAACAAAAUCAAAUCAUGAAUGAAAGUAUAAUUAAACCGGAAGCUUGUCUACAAUACAAUACAGUUCGUUGUAAAGAAAUUGCAAAAGAAGAGUAUGCUGCAAAAACAGUUAUUGAUGAUAACUGUUCUUAUAGAGAUGAGCAUUCAGCACCCUUCAGUUUUCGUACCCCAAGCCAAAGAGAUCUAACGAUUUGUCUAAACGACUCAUCAGAUAAUAUGCAGGGUGAAAUUAAGAAAACAUCGAAACCAAAAACGGAAGUAGUUGCAAAAGUUCAUGUCAUCUGUAAUAAAAAUAGUUGGCAUGAUGAUGAAGAUUCAUUUUCAUCGGUGGUACCAAAGACUGGUUUAGAUUUCUUAGAUAAUUGGUAACUUAAAACUAGGAAAAGGUUACAUAAAAAUGCACACAUAAAAACGUUGUUUAAAUUCCCUUAAAAAUAUCAGUUAAUUAUUAUUUUUUGUUGAAUAAGUUUGUGUUUCUGUUUUUUUAAGUCAUUAUUUUAUUAAUCAAUUAUAUAUGUAUACAUUGUGCUAAUUGUAAAAUGUGAUUCAUUCUUAUGCACCUCAUUAAUUUAAUUGAUUGAAUGUGUAUUGUACUUGUGCAAGGUUUCUCAAAGAGAAUAAACUUGAGUGCUUUUAAGUUUCUUUUUAUUGUUUAAAUUGCGAUUAUUCUUAUUAAUUUUUUUUUUACCAAUAAUUUUUAUCCAUAUAGCCACUAACGUUUGGUGGUCAGUAUGUAAAUAUGAAAGGUGAGUAGUAUUUUUAUACUGACCGAAAAUGGAUUUAAAUACUGACUAUUUUGCCUUUUGAAAUUAUACUUUGCAUUGAUAUUAUAUUUCUAUGUAUAUGUAUAUAAUUUAUUCAUUGGCACUAUAGUUUUAUCGUUUAUGAAAAGAUGGCACUAUAAAGCAAAUUCUGUUUAAAAUUUUGUUACUAGAUGAUAGAUAAGCAUUAAAAACUGUCUUUGUUCCUAGAUAUUUACUACAAUUUGCAAUAAAAAAUUACUCCAAAUUUGUUGUGACGUAUUAUGGAAUUUUUUCACAAUGGUAAACAACUUGAGAACAUAUACUGAUUAAAUCUGUUCAUGAAAAAAAUAAUAAACAGCGUAUGCGUGAGGCGUGAGUGUACAAAAAAGUACUCCAAAAGGGAGGCGUCAACAAAUCAGCUGUCAGACCGGUUGCUACAUUUUGUUGAAGCACGUGCGCAAUGGUGUAGACCACUACUUAUAUUAUAUUUUUAAGAAAUAUUGUUAUAGAACUUGAGAGAUGUAGAGAAUGCACAUACCAUAGACAAGCACAGACUAUGUAGUAUAUAGUUCGAACGUGAAUUUAUACAUGAGACUUUUGUCGUGUUUGUUUCGCGCCAUAUCGGUUAUUAGUUCGUUUGCUACGUACCUGUCCAGCCGCGUUUGUUCAUCUCAUAACGAAUGAACUGUGGAAUAAAUACAUUGGUUAAUUAAUUACAUGUUAAAGGUAAUGCUCUAAUAAUAAAAUUAAUCACGAC